AGGCUGUUUUAUGACUGGACGGGCUAGCUAGAUACUUGUGCAUUUGAUUCUUGCAUUUUAUUCAGCUCUGCUUUUCAGGUUUGUUGCUGGAAAACACAUGCCAUCCCCUAUGCUGGGAAGACCUGUGAAGUCAAUACCUGAGGAAUAAAAGGUUUAAAAUGCUGCUUGACAUCGGUUAAUCCUGUUCUCUCCAUAGUACUAGAAAAAGAUAUUGGAGAUGCAGCUUAUAAUGUGGGGUAGAGAUGUGGAGCCCGGAUGGAAAACCAGAAGGAUGCGGCGUUUGGAUUCCUCUUGCCCUGCAGCAAGUGACUUGGCUUGGUAUGGGAAGUGCAGAAAUGAGAAAUCAUGUCUAUUUAAAACUCUGAAUUUCUUUUUCUUGUUCUUAAUGCUUCUUAGUGUUGCUCCUGAAGCACAGAGCAGUCUGACAUGCCCAGCAUUGGAGCGGUGGUUGCGCUGCAGUUUGUGAGGAGUUCAGAUUUGCCCGAGUUUUGUCUAGAAUCUAGAAGAAUAACGUGCUUGGAGGUACUUGGUAGCAUUGGUCACCUGUACCCCAGCGCGAGAGCUCCAGCUUAAUUCUUCUUACGUGCUUCUCAGAACAUGGGGGAAAACGAUGAUGAAAAAUACAGUCAAGCUGGCCAGAUAUUUGAAAACUUUGUACAAGCUUCAACGUGCAAAGGUACCAUUCAGGCCUUUAAUAUUCUCACUCGUCAACUUGAAUUAGACCCUUUGGACAAUAGAAACUUUUACACCAAGCUGAAGUCAAGAGUGACCACAUGGAAGGCCAAAGCUUUGUGGAACAAGCUUGAUAAAAGAGCAAGUCACAAGGAGUAUAAACGCGGAAAAUCUUGUAUAAACACUAAGUGUUUAAUUAUUGGCGGUGGCCCAUGUGGUUUGCGGACUGCCAUAGAGCUUGCCCUGCUGGGAGCCAAAGUGGUGGUGGUGGAGAAGCGGGAUACCUUUUCACGAAACAAUGUUUUGCAUCUUUGGCCCUUUACAAUCCAUGACCUCCGGGGACUGGGAGCAAAGAAGUUUUAUGGGAAAUUCUGUGCAGGAUCCAUUGAUCACAUCAGUAUUCGACAGCUUCAACUUAUCCUCUUCAAAGUUGCACUUAUGCUAGGAGUUGAAAUCCACGUGAAUCUAGAAUUUGUGAAAGUCGUGGAACCUCCUGAAGAUCAAGAAAACCAAAAGAUAGGUUGGAGGGCUGAAUUUCUCCCAGUGGAUCACCCUCUGUCAGAGUUUGAGUUCGAUGUUAUUAUCGGUGCAGAUGGCCGCAGAAACACAUUAGAAGGUUUUAGGAGGAAGGAGUUUCGUGGAAAGUUGGCUAUAGCUAUCACUGCCAAUUUUAUAAACAGAAAUACAACUGCAGAAGCUAAGGUAGAAGAAAUCAGCGGUGUUGCUUUCAUCUUCAAUCAGAAGUUCUUCCAGGACCUAAAAGAGGAAACAGGAAUUGACCUGGAGAAUAUUGUUUACUACAAAGACAGCACUCAUUAUUUUGUGAUGACAGCAAAAAAGCAGAGCCUUUUGGACAAAGGAGUGAUUAUUAAUGACUGCGUUGAUACCGAGUUGCUCCUCUGUGGGGAAAACGUGAACCAGAACAAUUUGCUCUCCUAUGCCAGAGAAGCUGCUGACUUUGCAACGAAUUACCAGCUGCCUUCCUUGGAUUUUGCAAUUAAUCACUACGGGCAACCAGAUGUAGCAAUGUUUGAUUUUACUUCCAUGUAUGCAUCUGAAAAUGCUGCACUAGUGAGAGAGAGGCACAGACACCAGCUCCUGGUGGCGCUUGUUGGAGAUAGUUUGCUUGAGCCCUUCUGGCCAAUGGGCACUGGCUGUGCAAGAGGCUUCCUUGCUGCUUUCGAUACCGCGUGGAUGGUUAGGAGCUGGGCUCAGGGAAAACCCCCACUAGAAAUCCUUGCUGAACGAGAGAGCAUUUAUCGGCUCUUGCCCCAGACUACCCCUGAAAACAUUAACAAGAACUUUGACCAGUAUACCAUUGACCCAGGAACAAGAUACCAAAACUUGAACUCAAGCUGUGUUCGACCUCACCAGGUGAGGCAGUUAUAUGUUACCAAUGAGCUACAGCAAUGUCCUCUUGAAAGAGUAAGCUCCAUUAGAAGAUCAGUGAAUCUCUCAAGACGCGAGUCAGAUAUUCGACCUAACAAGCUUUUGACCUGGUGUCAGAAACAGACAGAAGGGUACCGUAACGUUAACGUCACAGACCUGACUACCUCCUGGAAAAGUGGCCUUGCGUUAUGUGCUAUUAUCCAUCGCUUCAGACCUGACCUCAUUGACUUCGACUCCCUGAACGAAGAGGACGUUGUCCGAAACAACCAACUGGCGUUUGAUGUGGCUGAGCGGGAGUUUGGGAUCCCCCCAGUCACCACAGGGAAGGAGGUGGGCUCCUCUGCCGAGCCCGACAAGCUCAGCACGGUCAUGUACCUCUCCAAGUUUUACGAGCUGUUCAGAGGCACGCCGCUGAGGGCCAUGGAUGCUGGGGACAAGCAAAAUGGAGAAAAUGAUGACCUCUGUUCAGCAAAAUCAUCAAACUUCAUCUUCAAUAAUUACAUCAAUUUAACCUUACCAAGAAAACGAGUACCAAAGGUUGAAGGGAAAGCAGAGGAAAGCGAGACCAACAAAAGACGUCGGAAAGGGGUUUUCGGUGCCUUUGAGGAGGCUUCAGGCUUUUCAAGCCAAGGAUCAAGUUCUGGGAAAGAACCAAGUGAUGGUAGAGAAGGUGUGAACCAGAAUAAAGUUAAAUCAAUGGCAACUCAGCUGUUGGCAAAGUUUGAAGAAAAUGCUCCAAAUAGAAUUUUUCGGAGGCAGGAGCUAGUAGAUAGUCCAGCCCCGCUCUCUUCUUCUGGCCCUCCUGUUAAUCCUCGCUUUGCUAAACCUAAGGAUCCAAGUCUUCUUCCACCUCAACUGAAAAGGCAGUUUCAGGUGUUAGCUAGGACUGAACACGAGGUCAGGGAACCCAAACAGUCUUUAAACGGUUCUGACCAUAUGGCCAGGAGAGCAAAGACUGUAGGAAAAGCAGAAACCCAGCCCAGUCUUUCAGAAAACUCUGAAACUCUCGCGUCUGCCUGUUCUGCUGCAUUUGUACUUUCUGGAGUGCUUGAGCGUCUUCAGCACCUGGAGGAAAAAAUGAAACAGAAAAGGGCUCAGACCAUAGCAAAUAGGGAAUUCCAUAAAAAGAACAUUAAAGAGAAAGCAGCACAUCUUGCCUCAAUGUUUGGAUGCAUGGAGUUUCCAAAGAAUAAGCUACCUACUAAAGGCUUAUCCCACUCUCAGCCCCCAGCUCCCCCUUGCCCUCCUCCUCACGGCUCAGCUGCUGCCUCUUCUCCAUCGUCUGUUGGUUCAGCUCCCCCCACUGCUCCUUCUACACAGGGAUCUCUGCGAAAAGAAUUUCCUCAGUCUAUAGGGGGGAGUGACAUUUGCUAUUUCUGCAAAAAACGGGUAUAUGUUAUGGAGCGGCUGAGUGCGGAAGGCCACUUCUUUCAUAGGGAGUGCUUUAAGUGUGAAAUAUGUUCUACAACACUCCGCUUAGGAAUUUACGCCUUUGAUGUUGAAGAAGGUAAAUUUUACUGUAAACCUCAUUUUACGCACUGCAAAAUCAGUAAUAAACACAGAAAGAGAAGAGCGACAUUACAGGUCCAGGGAAAGGAGGCAACAGAAGCAUGGAAGAAAGAGGACUGCAAAGCCACAGAAACCACGCCAGAAAGCACUUUAGCUACCGCUAGCAGUCCAGAGGACAGGUCCCCAGGUAUCCUGCCUUCCUUCUUUAGGGGGGCGCUAGGCUGGCCCCUUCGGGUGACACGGGAUCUGCUUGACAUUCCCAGACGCCUGUCUAACUGGAUGCAUGGUUUUCUGCACGCUACCAACCUUCAUUUCAGGGACAAUGCGUAUAACUAUACCUAUUUGUACGAACUCUUGAGCUUCGGUGUGCCAUUCCUCUGCGCUCUUCUAGAGGUACUUACUCAUAUGUACCGGGAAGCAGAGCUAUCACUUGAAAACAUGCUUGAAUGGGUGAAAAAAGUCUUUAGGGCUUGAAUUCUUCUGUGUGCCUUGCUCGGUUGUGCCUUUCAGAUUUUCAAAAUUAACAGCCUUGCUUUUUCUUGAGAACUUUUUUUUUUUUUUUUAACCUUUUUGCAAUUUAUUGUGUAAUUUAAAAGAACGAAGGAUUCUUUCUGAUAUAGACUAGGUGCAAUCAGAAUUUUCAAUAUAAAAUGUACUGUAUGUUAAAACACAUGAAGGGCAAUGUCCAGACACAUUUCCAGAACUUGGAGACUGAUGAAGGAUAUUUUUUUAGAUUUUUUGUUGUUCUCUUUUGUCCUGUCUGUGAUCAGGCCAUUUGGAGGGGAGGGGGAAGGGGGGGGCUAUAUUUUAUAACCCUACUUUUUUAAACUUUUUUUUCUUGUUAGACCAAGAAAGAAUGUGUGUUCUUUCAGACAUUUGGAGAAUAUUUAUGACAAAUGACUGGGUUUUGAAACCUGAAUAUGGCGCAUUCCUUUUUCUCUUGCUUUCAUCUUUACUCUGGGUUAUGAGGUUUAUAUUUUGCAUGAAUAUGUUUAUUUAAAAAAAAGUUAAUUCAUAUUGCUCAUAGUCAUGGCUUUAAAAUUACUUACAUUUGAUACCCUUUGUCAACAGUGGGUAUAAUCUGUACUACUAAUUUAUAUAAAGUUUUGAAAUAAAUUUGAAGAGCAAAUCUUAGUUGAGCGAAGGCUUGGUUGAAAUUGUAAGUCAAAGAAACUGGUAGUGUAAUUAAACAUCACUUAUUGCUCAAGUCAAAGCUUCCUCAUUAGGUGGCUGGUUAAAGGAAUAUCAAGUUAUGUGGCACUCAUAUCCAACUUAAAUUACUGCUGUGUUUGCCUCCAGAUGAGCACUGAUCCUAUUAUAUGUGGAAUUCUUAGAAAAUAAAAAAGAGUAGAUCUAGAACAAACAACAAAAAUGUACAACUAUAUUUUAAGGAGGUUACUUCUUAGCUAGGUCUUUCAUUCAUUUCAGUGUGCAAAGCUGAUGGCAGAAAGAUGAACUUGAAUUAUCUUGAGCAGCUCUUAAGAAGUUUUCUUUUGGGUGUCUCUCAUCAGGGUCUACCUUAAGCAGAAGGCCUCAGUAGCAGGUAUAGGGCUAUUUAAUGGCAAGGAGAUACCAACAACAUCCCAAAGUCUGAUUGCUUUCUCUCAGCCUAGUUAGCCAGCGAGGUAAGCACGCUCCCUGACUCCAAGGUACCUAAAUGUUUGAAUUCAGAAGUUAACCAGAAAAGAGGUGAAUACAUAAAUAUGAUAAUAUACAUACCCUAGAAUGGAAAGCUUUUGUAGCGCUUAUUUCUAGCCAGAACAUCAUAAAGUAACAGGAAAAUAAUGUUGCAUUCAGUUAGUACCAAAGCUGAGGAUCACCUACCAGUGAUCUUAAAUGAUUGUGCUGCUUAAGGGCAUGCAGUUGUUUGAUUUUAACAUAACGUGAGAAAAGACCAUUUGAAGUGAUCUUAUUUGUUAGGUAUUAAAAAUAAAUGUGUUUUCUGUUUAAAAUAAAUGACAGAAAUAGGAUUUUUCCUCCAGAUAAUUUGACUUUCAUUUUUUAAGCUAUGAAGAUAAAGCUUUUGACAUUCUGGAGUGCUUACAUGUUUGGGUGGAAAAAUGUUAAGUAAAUACACAAAACUUGAGCAAAUGGUUUAAGAAAAUUGUCUAGAUAUAAAGUAGCAUUUGUUUGAAAUAAAUUGCCAUUAAUGCUCAAACACAUAUUUAGCAAAACUUUGCUAGAAUUUUGACUGAGCACAGUGACCUUCAUAGUAACAUGGUAAGCAUCUGUAUAUAUGUAAAGGAAUGUAUCUGUACCUCUUUAGAGCAUUUUUAAAAACUGUACUUUGAAACACUGUAUACUUUCUAAUUAUUUCCUAAUGACAGUAAUUAUUUCACUCUAAUAAGGAAAGAUUCUGCAUUGUGAUUUACCUUGUUACUCUUGCAACCCAUCCAAUUUAAGUGGCAAAGUUUUAAAAUUUGACUCGCCAUCAGUUUUGAUUGCAGUUUGUCAUCAGCAUAGUCUUUAAGAACAUUUUUUUUUUCCUGAAAUUUUCUCCUGCUGUUCACUCUCAGAGAUUUUCUGCUUUUCAGUAGAGUGAGCAUAAAGGUAAACUUAGAGAAAAUGGUGAAGUAGCAAGAAACUUGGAAAUCUGUGUUAGCCCAUGAACUUAAAAUAAAUGAAUCUUACUAGUAGAAAGUAAAAACUAAAGGUGGUAUUGGCUUUAUAUAGAUCUAUAUAAAAGAAAGAAAAACCCUACAUUUCCACAACAGAAUUCAGAAGAAAAGCUUGCAUAACUAAAACAUUUUCCAAAGGAAUCUUAAUUGUAUUACAUAUUCCCCCUGGGAUUUUGCAAGUACUUUUGUUGGGAAGGUUGUUUACUGGUAUCAAUCUAACUGAUAGAUUUUCUUUUAAUCUCUUUACCUUAAAACUCUAUUAGUAAGAUUCAUACCUAUUUGUCCAUGUUCAUAAUUUAAUGAAAAGAGAUAGUUUUUGUUUUGGCUGAUUCUUCUUUCUGCCUAAGUAACCUUUCUGAUGGCUUCCUCUAUAAUCAGUCUAAGUUCUGUAUUUUUUUUCUGCCGUCUCCCCUGUCAACCUCCCGCGUUGCCGUUGCUCUUAGUCCGUUUCGUCAUUCCGUCGCCGCAACUGCUCACUGGCUGAAGCCUUUCUCCUCUCAGGUGAUUUUUCUUCUGCUUGCCAGUUUGUGACUAACACUGUUGUUAGCGUUUAAUUGCGGGUUUUUAAGACCAUUUUGGAGCAAACUGUGUGUGUCUGGUAUAUUAAUGGAUUAGACUUUAAGCAUGAUCACUUAACCUGUGAUGUGCUAGGUUUACACUGUAGCAAAGUUGCUGUCUUACUGCUCUGCAGAGAAUGUUUUUUCCUCUCUGUCUGUGCAUGUGCUUCCUUGUGCCUAUAAGGUAAGUUAGGCAAGUAAGUUGUUUCUCGUCAAAAAAGCCUUAUUUUCUUCAAAGUACUGAAAGAAAGAUUUCAAAUAAUGUCAGGACAAGAGCCAGCUGACUCUCCUGGUUGGUGUGAGCACCUACUUCUGCUGAGCUCAAAUACUGAAUGAGCAAAGCAGUGUUUGAGGAGGGCUUUCUAAGCGCUUUUUGCUCUCACAAUGAGAGUGAUACAAAACUAUACUUUCGAAAAAAGUAGCCAGAGCAAUGCAAAUUCCAGUCUUCCACCUCAAGUAUCAUGUUAGGCAGGCUUAGUAGAAAUAGAUUUGCAUGCUGUUUUUUUAGUUCCUUAAUAUUAAAAUGCCAAGUUUAUAUAACUAGAGUGUGUUUGGGUUUGAAUUGUUUCGUUAACUAAUAUCAACUCUAACUAGGCCCCUUUUGCCGCUUUGAUUAAUGAUUUUUGUCUUGCUGCAUGAGAUGUUGCCAAUGUUCUCCAAGAAAAAUUUGAGAGAUUAUUUUAUCUGUAUUUUUAUUCAUAAAUUCCAGUGAUGUGUAAUCACAUGCUGACGGUCUAAAAUGGGAAAUGAACCCAAACAAGAAUCAAGGACUCAGACUGAGUGGUGAAUGUCAGUAAUUUUUGCUUGAAGUGGUCGUGGUGCAGCCAUCCCUGUGGAGGGUCCUUUCCAGAGGGAAGGGCCUUUGGGAAUGUGUCUAAGCUGCAAUCCCUCGGAGGUGACCAACAUGUACUGCUAAUCAACCUGCUGCACACACCUGAGUCAGUUAUCUUCCUGACCUGGAUGUCUGCAUGACCAAAGCAAUAGUAUUUAUUUGUGUGGGUGUGCUAAAAUGGCUUUGGAAGUCCCCUUGCCAUGCCCACGGACAGGAACCUCUCUACAUUUUAAGCAAGCAUCACUUCCAGCACAAAUGGCUAGGACAUGACUUUCUAUAUGUUUUAGGGCUAGGGUGUUUUGAUAACUAAGCUUAGGGUGUUUUGAUAACUAAGCUCAGCAUGCUUUGAGAUGAAGGCUGUGACGUAAAGGUCUGCCAUUUCAAAUCACUUUCCGUUGCAGUGUUUUUUUUACCCUCUGUUGCAGAGUCUUCCUAGCUGCUCUUGGCCAGUGAGGAUUCUGUCCUCCUCCUCCUAAGUCUUCUGUUUCCAUUCUACUUUAUAAUCUUAACUGAAUAUUUUUAUUAAAUAGUUUUUAACUCUGUAUUUAAAUUUUCACAUGGAAAUUCUGUA